UGAAUUAGGAAGGGCGGGCAUCUCGGAGUUCCCCGGGGCGCAGAGCCAGCAGCCACACGUCUCUGAGGAUGAAUGAAGGCAGCGAGGGGCAGGAUGAAGCCGCCUCCACUGCCCCAGAGCAUGCAGGCUGCCAUGCUUGUGUGGGAGAGCUGCCUGCAGCCACUGUGGGGAUGGGCACAGAGCUGUCACACCCCGAAACUGAAGGUAACCCCUGCUCCGACCCCUCGGAAUUCCCCUGGGCAUUCAUCCACAGUGUGCACAAGAAUAACGAGAUACAGAUUGCUGGCCUGAAUUCACCGGCCUUUAGCUGCCCUGGCGCUUGUCCCGCUCCCCAGGGUCAUAAAAGGCGGGUUUCUUUCCUUUUCCCCCCGCCUUGUUUCCAGGAGCACAAACACAGAAGCCCUGCUGCCUCAUAAAACCUGGAAGGCUGCAGGACUGCCAGUUCCAGCGCUGCAUCCUGCACGGAGCCACGCCGUGCCUAACUUGCAGCAGCUGCUUUCUGCAUCACUCCAGAUGUGCUUUUGCCUUGAAAAUGCUGUGUUUGACUUAGGCUGGCAAUGCCUGAGGACCCCUCUGCCUGUGCAGCACAAUUUCGGCUGCCUCUUGCACACUCUCUUCUCAGCCUUGUUUUUAAGAGGUACUGUGUUUGUACCAGUUUGGGUACCCAGUUUGUACCCAAACUAGUACAGUUUGUCACCGUGUUUGUCACAACACAGGACUUCAAACUCAUCAUGUACCUCUCUGAUAGUACAAAAGGUAUCACUUGGCCCUUAUCAGUGACAACACUUGCUGCUCCUCAAAAUAGUUAUGAGUGCUUAUAAACACUUCCAAACUACCCUGCCCAUUUAAUUCAUUUCUGUUAUCAUAUUUAGUACACUUCUGCAGGCUCUGUAGGGUACACAGACAGUGCUCUCAGAAAGCACUGGAAGAUUUUGUGGAGAAAAUGGGGUUUUAAGACCUUAAAGCCCAUCUCAUUCCACCCCCUGCAAUGGGCAGGGACACCUUUUACUAUCCCAGGUCAUUCCAACAUGGCCUUGGACACUUCUAGGGAUUAGACAGGCACAGCUCCUCUGGGCAGCCUGUGCCAGGGGCUCACAGGGAAUAACUUCUUCCCAAUAUCCCACCUAACCCUGCCCUCUAUCAGCGGGAAGCCGUUCCCUUUGUCCUGCUCCUCCAUUCCUUUUAAGUUUCCCCAGAGUGCUCAAGGUUACUGUGUGUAACACAGAACAUAGCAGCUCACAGGAGGCUGGGGGCUUACAGAAAAACGCAGGCAUAAACCAAACUUUUAUUUGUGCUAUGGUACACCCAGCAACACCUCCCUCAGCAACCCUCAGGCUCAGCCUGCUGCUCGCGAGGGAGGCGCGACGAUCGUUUGCGCUGAAACGAUGCCAGCCGGGGCUCGCAGACCCGACAGAUUCCUAAGUGUGGCUGCAGGGGGUUUAUUUUAAACAAACACAAAGGAGGGGAGAGGAGGCGGCAGGUCAGAGCGAUGCCUGGGCCUGUUACAGAAACCUCCAGCCAACGCCUCAGGGACCUCAGGCGCCGCCAUCUUGGAGGGCGGGGAGCCCCACUGCCCGCGCCCCCACGAGGCCACGCCCCCAGCGCUCAUAACCACGCCCAUACACUGGCCACGCCUCCUCCACCGCCCACCCGCCCAUGGCCCCUCCGAGCCGCUUCCCGUAGGAGGAGGAGCAGGAUGGACGUGCUGCGGCCCCCCUUGGUAAGGAUCGGGGGGCGAGUGUACCGGAAAAAUCUCAUCCAAGAGCAGGCACUCCCACAUGAGGAGGAGGAGGACUUCUAUGCAGGUCCCGGUGACUGUGCGGACGAACCCUGUGAUGCCUUUGUGGUGGAGGAGACUGAGCGAGGCUUCCAGUGCCGGGUGGAGGUUCCCAGCCCCUUAUACAAGUACAUCAUUGGGAAGAAAGGGGAAACCAAGAAGAGGCUAGAAACAGAGACCCGAACCUCCAUCAGCAUUCCCAAGCCUGGAGUGGAAGGAGAAAUUGUGAUCACGGGGCAGCACCGGAGCGGUGUCGUCUCUGCCCGGACACGGAUCGAUGUGCUCCUGGACAGCUUCCGCAAGAAGCAGCCCUUCACACACUUCCUGUCCUUUGCUCUCAACCAGCCUGCCAUCCAGGAAAAGUUCCUGCAGUUCAAGGAGGAGGUGCUGGAGAAGUGCUCAAAGGAUCAUGGGGUCAGCAGCAGUCUGUUCCAGAACCCUGCCAAGCUUCACCUGACUCUUGGGACGUUGGUGCUCCUGAACGAACAAGAGAUCCAGAAAGCGUGUGACCUCCUGCAGCGAUGCAAAGAGGACUUUGUGGACCAAAUUACUGGAGGCCAGCCCCUGACCGUGGAGGUGGCAGGAGUGGAGUACAUGAACGAUGACCCUUCCAUGACUGACGUCCUUUACGCCAAAGUCCACAUGAAAGAUGGCUCAGACAGACUGCAGAUGGUUGCUGAUCAGCUGGUGGAGCGGUUUGUGGCCUCUGGCCUGAUGCUUAAAGAGUGGGAUAGGGUGAAGCUGCAUGCCACAGUCAUGAACACUCUCUUCAGGAAAGAUCCAACUGAAGAACGAAACAACACAAUGACUGGUAAAUCAUCUUUCAUGGAGCGGGAGUCAUUUAAUGGCCAAAAUAUCCUCAAGCUCUUUGAGAACUUCUACUUCGGGGAGGUGCAGCUGGACUCGGUGCGUCUCUCCCAGAGGUUCUCCUCGGACGCCUCUGGCUACUAUGCAACAUCUGGGCAGCUGUGCUUCUCUUGAGGAGGCCAUAGCGGGUCUGCUGUGUGCGUGAUCCCUCACUGGAAGGUUUUAUAGGACAUGAGUCUUCAAUGGGAACCUGGGAAUUCCAAGCUGGGAUGCCUUGUGGCUGCUCCCAACAAUGGGAACCAUGGCAUUUCCCUGCAGCUUUUCCCACUGCCCUCUCCCUGGGGGUUGCCAGGGUCCUUCCUCCUCCUUUCCUCAGAAUGUCACAAAGUUGCCUCUUUGAUGCCUGUGGAUUGCUGGUUUUCCAAGAAAACAACUAGAACUGAGGCUUUUGGGUGUUUAAACAUGGUUUUUUUUCAGAAGAAAAAAGUUUGUCCUUAAAAUAAGUAUUUAAAAUCCAGGAGAGCUUCUCCAGAGCACGAUUUAACAAUAUUGAGGUCAGGCAUUGCUUGGAUCUCCAGCAGCGUGCCUGUGUGAUGUAGAUCUCCAAAUAAAUUAAUUCCCUUCAAAAGCAAAGUGUUUAUCUCCUGUUGCAUUGAUAGUUUCUGUAAUUAAACUUCCAGCACUGCACAUAACUAUGACAAUAAGAAAGCAUUGAUAGUCAGAGCUCUUUCCAGUGACCGUUUCAGAGCGUGUCAAAAAACAUAUGCCUUGUAGGUGGUUUCUCCAUUAAAAGCAGCACCAAGCUCUUUGAUUCCAUUG